AUGCCUCAUAAAUGCUUUAAUCCUGUUACUAGUGAAAUGGCCAUGACUUUUCGUUCCUUCAGCUCUGAGUCAUUUCAGAUGGGAGAAAUGGAAAUUAAUACCGCUCUUACCUUUGAAACCUUUGCAGCACAGCUGCUUGUAGGUACACCUGAAUGGAGAAGGAUGCUGAAUGCACUAACCUUUAAAUUCCUUUGCAGUAAUUGUUUAGCCAUCACUUGUCUCCUCGGCUGUUUUAUAAAAGGACAAAACAGCAAGUGUCUGCAUUGCAUCUCGGUUUCUCCCAUUAGCAAGGAGCAAGACAAAAAGGCAGAGGAGAAAGUGAGCCUAAGGGGAAAGAGAAUCGCUGAGUACUCCUAUGGGCAUCAAAAGAAAUCAAGCAAGAAGAAAAAAAUCAGUAAGAAUGACAUCCGUCUAGUACCCCGGGAUGUAGAGGAGACAGACAAGAUGAACGUUGUCAGUUGCUCCUCCCUGACCUCCUCCCUCAACUAUUUCGACUACCACCAGCAGACACUGCCCCUGGGCUGCCGCCGCUCUGAGAGCACUUUCCUGAAUGUGGAGAACCAGAAUACCCGCAAUACCAGCGCCAACCACAUCUAUCAUCACUCUUUCAACAGCCAGGGUCCCCAGCAGCCAGACUUGAUCAUCAAUGGUGUGCCUCUGCCUGAGACUGAAAACUAUUCCUUUGAUUCCAACUAUGUGAAUAGCCGAGCCCAUUUAAUCAAAAGCAGCUCUACCUUCAAGGACUUAGAGGGCAACAGCCUGAAGGAUAGUGGGCAUGAAGAGAGUGACCAGACUGACAGUGAGCAUGAUGUCCAGCGGAGCCUGUAUUGUGAUACUGCUGUCAAUGACGUGCUGAACACCAGUGUGACCUCCAUGGGAUCUCAGAUGCCUGACCACGAUCAGAAUGAAGGAUUUCAUUGCAGGGAAGAAUGUCGGAUUCUUGGCCACUCUGACAGGUGCUGGAUGCCCCGGAACCCCAUGCCCGCCCGCUCCAAGUCCCCUGAGCACGUGAGGAACGUCAUCGCGCUGUCCAUUGAGGCUACUGCUGCUGAUGUUGAGGCUUAUGACGACUGCGGCCCCACCAAGCGGACUUUUGCAACCUUUGGAAAAGAUGUCAGUGACCACCCGGCUGAGGAGAGGCCCACCUUGAAAGGCAGGAGAACUGUCAAUGUGACCAUCUGCAGCCCCAAGGUCAACGGUGCUAUUCGGGAGGCGGGCAAUGGCUGUGAGGCGAUUAGCCCUGUCACCUCCCCCCUGCACCUCAAGAGCCCUCUGCCCACCAAGCCCUCCGUGUCUUACACCAUUGCCCUGGCGCCCCCAGCCCGUGAUCUGGAGCAGUAUAUCCACAGUGGCCCAUCUCGUCCCUCUGAAGCUGAGCCCCGUGGAGCUGACAGCGAGAAAGUCAUGCAUGAGGUCAACCCCACUCUGAAGGAGGGUCGUGACAAAGAGUCUCCUGGUGUGAAGCGUCUGAAGGAUAUCGUUCUCUAAAGCAGUCUCGGGGAAGAAGAGAGAGAAACCAUGCUGGUUUUCGAGGAAGCAGGAGCUGAUUGUUUUAAUUGCUCACCAAUGGUUGGUUCUUGAGUGGCUGUUAUUUCAGAGCUUUCCCUAAAUGUGUUGUUUAUAAGUGACUAUCAUUCUGUGACAAUCCCUCUCGUUUCAACAGGCAGCAGGGGUGUUCAGGUGGAGCAAAUUAGCUUUGGCUUGAGUUGUUCAUGGGGCCUUGAUGUUGGGGAAACAGAGACAAAUUCAGUUGUGAAAAGUAUUAUGUAUUAAGUGUUUGAAUUUAUAUAUUUUUCUAUGUCAAAAUUAUAAUAUAAAUUACCAUUGUUUGUGGAGGAUUACAUUAAAAAAAACAAAAAAAAGGAGAAAGCUCUGGACACCUUUAAUAAGCUCGCCACUGUUUUGUAGUGUAGACAAGUUAAUGGUCAUUUAUUGUGUACUAUUCAUUGAUUCAGUGAUGUGAAAUUGAGCCCCCAAAAGGUUGUUUCUGAAGCUUGAGUACUUUCCAAUGCCGCUACUUUGCUGUGGACACCCCUGCUUUAAGAACCCUUUUGCUAGCUGUGCUAUUGUUGUAUUUGAUAUUGCAAAUUGCUAUGUGUGUGGUGACGGCAAAAGGCUUUUUUAGAAGUUGGUGUUUUUUUUUUCUUAAUAAAACUAUAGACAAAAACAAAGUGCAAAAAACCGAGAUGGCAAGUGAAUGAGCAACACCACACGUAUAGAUUGAAUACUUGGAGGAUACUCACUCAUGGUGGAUACUCAUGUAGUGAUUACUCACCACCUUGCAGAGUAUUUCUCCUGCCUUUCAGUCUUCUGCCCAGAUCAGUGAUAGAUCAUCACAGAAAGUCAUUUUUGGAUAUUCUGCUAUCUAAUUUGCAGUUGUCAGAACUACUGUGCUGAAAGUUUUAUGGCAUCAAUUUUUAAAAUUUUCAGGCCCUGAAUGGGAAAGUUGCUCCUGAAGUUAUCAGUUCCCAGGCUUAGAAAUUCCCUGUUUCUAAUCGUCUAAAAUUCAAAAAGACUGAAUCUAUUUUGAGAUCUAAAUUAGCAUCUUUUCUGACACACCCUUCCUGAUUCAGUGUUUCCCAAUCACGAUUAGAAUUAGACUGGAAAGCAUGUCGGGGGCUGGAAUUGAGAACUCCAUGUUGCUCUGUAUUGUAGGAUUAUAAAUAGGAAUAGAGUAAGCAGUACAAAGUGUACAUUUAGGAAAAGACAGGUAAUCAGUAACAGCAUCACUAAUCCAAUUACUGUGCCUUCUAAAUGGAGACACUUGGACACUUGAACUCGUCUUUUUAUGACUAAUACUUUUUUAAAUUAAAAAUGUGAACAGGAAACUAUUAAAAUAAAAAUCCUUUAGAUUUAGCUAACUCUUUGCUGUAGGCUAGGAAUACACCUUUUAUUAUUAAUAAGUUUGUUAUGCACAUUCUUUUUGUUUGUUUCUCCAACUCCAUUUAGUGUCUAUUAAUAUUUAGUAGCCAACAUAGUAUUCUCGCACCUUUAAAACUAAACAGAUAAGUCACCUUUGCUCUGCCUUGGUCUUUAAAAAGUUGUUUCUAGAGAAACAAGUUUUGUGGUUCUGUUCUCACUUGUUUCAUUUUUUGAAAUUCAAGAGUACCCAGAAAAAAGGCUUAGAGGUUAGAGCACCAAAAUGCAAAAGAGGAUUUAUUUUCUUAAGUUUAGAUAAGCGAGCUCUUUUAAAUGUUUUAUUUUUGUCUGAGUUCCUGGCUUUAUACAUUACUAGGAAUAUUUUC